UAAAUAUGAAAUAAAUUAAAAGGCAAAUGAAGUGGUGAGCAGCAGCAGCAAAAAGCAAAAAAGAGUGGGUGACUUUGUUCGAAGCUUUUAUCGCAUGUAUUUCUGUAAAUAUAUCCUAUAUUUAUAUAUCUAUUUAUUUGCGAAAAAAAUUGCAAAUAAAUUUAAAAAGUGUGUGGCAGCGUGAAGUCGGUGCACAGCAGCGCAACAAACACAAGCGAAAACAAACAAAUAGCAAAGAAAUUGAAAUACAAAAAAGAAAACAAAAACACAAAUAAAAAUAGUCAAAAAAAUCGAAAAACAAAACAAUAAAAAACUGCAAACGAAAGAAUUUACUGCGACAAGAAGUUGGAGUGGGUUGACAUUUGUGCGACUGUGUGCGUGUGUGUGAAUCGAUGUGCCUGUUUACAAACACUCACACAUCCAAAUAAAACCACCAAAGGGAGACAGCCGUCGGCUGAACAAAGUGCAGUGCAGUGUAAGCACUGACGGCGCGGCGUGCGACGCGGCAUUGCUGUGCCUUGCUGAUGUGGUGUGCUGAGCUCUGCGACCCGCUGCUGAUGAUCUAAGAUUUAUUAAUUUGUCCUUCCAUAAUGGCAGAAAUCUUAACAGCAACUGUAACUAACUAAAGCUCUAAGUGUAAGUUUUAAGUGUGCCUAAAGUGUUAAGUUUGAGCUUCAAUUUCAACUCGUAAUAAUUCUCCAUAAUCGAAAGGAUUUAUUCAGAAGAAGGCACAAUGACCGCCACAUCACAUAAAUGGGACAAACUGUCGCCGCGCGAGUUUCAACAGCUGCAGGAAUUGGCAUCAUAUUCAACGAGAAAGCUACAGGAUGUGCUGCAGGAUUUUUGUGCACCACAUGCCUCACCCAAAUUCAAUCCCGAUGGGGACAUUGACUACGAUGGCUUUCGCUGCUUUCUCGAUGCCUUUCUCGACUGCGAGACACCAGUCGACUUGGCCAAACAUCUAUUCGUUUCCUUCCUCAAGCCGAACGUCACACAGUCACAGCUGCAUGGCAAGGCGCUCAAUCAGAUGGCAGCCAUUAGCAGUACGACGGCGUGUGCGGCCGUCACAUCGCACACGAAGGGCUCCAUACCGAAUAUCAGCAGUAUUGCUGAAAUUGCAGCGCCGGCGGCAAGCGAAGCGCGUCACACCUUCGUGGAGAAGAUUCAUGGCAUCACCGAUAAGCUGCACUCAUUGAGCGGCCAUUUGACACAUGAUCCCAGCAAGACGGGCAGCGUACAUCCGAUGGUAACUGUUACGCCCAGUCCGCUUGCGAGUGGCCCGUCCAUAUUCCAGAGCAGCGCUGCGGCGCGCCGUUCCGUCGACUCGAGUCCAUCGCAUUCGCAAGCGAAUCAUUCACAGAUGUCACGUAACUCAUCAAAGAAGAGUAACAAUUCGGUUAAUUGCAAAAUCGAAACUGAUAUCAAACUUUUGGCACGCAAACUUUCACACUUUGAUCCGUUGACGCUGAAGGUGCCGCUCAAGGAUGUCGUCUGCUAUUUGUCAUUGCUGGAAGCUGGACGACCGGAAGAUAAGCUUGAAUUUAUGUUUCGUCUAUACGAUACCGAUGGCAAUGGUGUCCUGGAUACGGCCGAAAUGGAUGCGAUUGUUAAUCAAAUGAUGGCUGUUGCCGAAUAUCUUGGCUGGGAUGUCAGCGAAUUGCGGCCGAUUCUGCAAGAUAUGAUGGUGGAAAUUGACUAUGAUGCCGAUGGAACUGUUUCACUGGAAGAGUGGCAGCGUGGCGGCCUGACAACCAUUCCACUGCUCGUGCUCUUGGGCGUUGACAAUACGGCACUGAAGGAGGAUGGCAUUCAUGUGUGGCGCUUAAAACAUUUCAGCAAGCCGGCAUAUUGUAAUCUCUGCCUGAAUAUGUUGGUCGGCCUUGGCAAAAAGGGUCUCUGCUGUGUGUUAUGCAAAUAUACGGUGCACGAACGUUGCGUGCAACGUGCACCACCCUCUUGCAUCACCACCUAUGUAAAAACAAAGAAAGCCAAGGGAGGCGGCGACAUGUUGCACCAUUGGGUCGAUGGCAAUUGCUAUGGCCGCUGCUCCAAGUGUCGCAAACGCAUUAAGGCAUAUCACGGCAUCACCGGCUUGACGUGUCGCUGGUGCCACAUGAUGCUACACAAUCGCUGCGCCUCGUCGGUCAAAAAGGAAUGUACUUUGGGCGAAUAUGCGGAUUUAAUUAUACCGCCGACGGCCAUCUGUCCAGCGGUCUUAGAUCGCCAGCGCUCGGUAAAUCAAGCGAAUAAAGCCACACAUUUUCAAAUUACACCGCCAAGCGAGAGCAGCUGUCCGUUGCUGGUAUUUGUGAAUCCAAAGAGUGGCGGUCGCCAAGGUGAUCGUAUACUGCGAAAAUUUCAAUAUAUGCUCAAUCCGAGGCAAGUGUAUGAUCUGUCGAAAGGUGGACCAAAGGAAGGUUUGACGUUAUUCAAAGACAUGCCGAACUUUAAGGUGAUUUGUUGUGGUGGUGACGGCACGGUUGGUUGGGUGCUCGAAGCAAUGGAUUCCAUUGAACUCGCCACACAACCGGCCAUUGGCGUCAUACCACUUGGCACUGGCAACGAUUUGGCGCGCUGUCUGCGUUGGGGUGGCGGCUAUGAGGGCGAAAAUAUACCCAAGCUAAUGGACAAAAUUAAGCGCUCGUCCAUUGUAAUGUUGGAUCGUUGGAGUAUUGAGGUGACGAAUGCAGCGCCUGUGGCGGAAGUACUACGACCAAAGGUCACGCUCCACUCGAACAUGCAGAAAGUGAUUGAGCUAUCGCAGAGUGUUGUGGUCGAAAAGGCGCUUUUCGAGAAAUUCGAGGAGUUCCACCGCAGCACCAGCGUUUGCACGAACAUGUGCAGCGGUAGCAGCAGCAAACAGGAGCACAUGACCACAACGGCAUCCACGUCAUCGAUGAGUUCGUCGAUUACCACAGCAACCGAAUACGCCACCGAUGCGGUUGGCGGUGGCAUACGAGGUGCGAGUGUCGGCGGUGCGGGAGGUGGCAUUGCGGGCAAUGGUGGUGGUGGUAGUGGAGGUGGCAACGUGGGUCGCGCAACCAAAAGCAUAUCAAUGUCGACAUUCGAAACGAAGCGCACGCUCACAACACUCAGCAAUAGCAGCAGCAGUUGCAGCAGUACGAGCACAAUUAUUAGACAACAAAAGCAACAACAACAGCACGAGGAACAGGAGCGCCAAAAGGAGCGACGCGAACGAACGCAAUCAGAAGACUUGCAAUCACCUGGCACACCGCAAAAGCCGGAAAUGGCUAAAAGCGUCGAUGGCGAUGCAAUUGAUGAUGAGAGCAACAACAACAAUGACAACGAUAAAAUGAACAAUUGUGUUGUGAAUCGCAGCGAACGCCAUUCAAUACACGCGCCUGCGGUGGCAACAGACAUUCCAAAUAAUCCGCCAACUGAGCAGAAAAGCGAAGUGGAAGGAACGCUGGCGCCAGAACAAUUACAGACACCUCCUAGCGCGAAAAGCAUAUCAACACCAACAGAAAGGGAAAAUAUUGGACUCAGCACUGCAUCGAUAAAAGCGUCCACCGCAGCAACCAUCAGCACCACUCCUGACACCACUGCCCCCACCGCACCCAUUAGUCACAUUAGCAACGAGGUAGAGCUCGCAGCUGCAUCAGUGACAGCAGCGGAAGUAUCGACUGUCGCUGACAGCUCGACAGUGCCAAACACGCCAUUGUCACCGACAUCGCCAUUACCGAUCUCUUCGGCAUCGCCCAAAUAUUCCCCUACACCAUCUGGCACCGUUGGCGCACCGGAGCCGGAAACAUUAGCAGCAGAUGCAGAACCCACAACACCGUCCACAUUGACUUCGUCCGGCAGUGCAGCGGCGAAAACUCAGACUGUCAUAUCUCUGCCCAAACAGAUUAAAGUGCAGCCGGAAAAAGAUUGCACAGUGCCCUAUAAUAUCAUCAACAAUUACUUCUCAGUCGGGGUGGAUGCUGCAAUCUGCGUUAAAUUCCACUUGGAGCGCGAGAAGAAUCCGCACAAAUUCAACAGUCGCAUGAAAAACAAGCUAUGGUACUUUGAAUAUGCUACUUCAGAAACAUUUGCGGCGUCAUGCAAGAAUCUGCACGAGAAUAUCGAAAUUGUGUGCGACGGUGUUUCACUAAAUUUAGCCAAUGGCCCACACCUACAAGGCGUCGCCCUGCUAAACAUUCCUUACACACAUGGCGGCUCGAAUUUGUGGGGUGAACAUCUGUCACAGAAGCGUAUACGCAAAAGCGCUGGUCCAUUCCGUAAAGGGAAGAAACUUAAAUCUUCGGAUAAAGAACUUUCGGCCACAAGCUUUACAUCUGUGGACUUAUCAGUUGCAACGCAAGAUUUUGGCGAUCGUCUGAUUGAAGUAAUUGGUUUGGAAAAUUGUCUACAUAUGGGUCAAGUGCGCACCGGCUUACGCGCCUCCGGUCGACGUUUGGCGCAGUGUAGUGAGGUCAUUAUUAAGACGAAGAAAACAUUUCCAAUGCAAAUCGAUGGUGAACCAUGGAUGCAGGUACCUUGCACGAUAAAAGUCACUCAUAAGAAUCAAGUUCCUAUGCUAAUGGCACCACGUUCCGAAAAGGGAAGAGGCUUUUUCAAUUUACUAUGCAGCUGAUUUCGGCGGAGCGUUUCCGCUAGUAGUUCCUUAGGGCAGCCACUAAUGGAGCGACACCAACAACAACACAAAGAAACCACCGUCCAACACAUAGAAUAGCUUUAAUUUUAUUGCAUUACAACAAAAGUAUGCGGAAAAAGGAAAAGGAAAUGAAGUAAGCAAACAAAAGAAAAAUAGUGAUGUCAGUAUAUGUGAAACAAAGAAAUACAAAUGUUAAAGAUGUUAAAUGCAACCAAUUACAUACAUAUAUGUAUAAUGUAUAAAAAAGCAGCAAGUUGUAAAAGCGAAGAACUACAAAUUUUAAUGCAUUCAUAUAGUGAGCUUUAAUUUAUUUUAUUACAGCAUAUUUUAGUUUAACUACAAAUUGUAAUAUUUUAGGAAAAUAGUAAAUUUAUUAGAGAAAUAAUGUUUGUAAUAGUGAAAUACAGGAUAUACAACAAACUUUGUCGAAAUAUAUGCAUGUACAUAUAUAAAACGCCACUGAAUAAGUUUAACGUUAAUA